AUGGAUGAUAAUGCUUUCCUUGGUUCACCUGAAGUGACACCAUGCCUCCGGCAGCGGAAGAGAGGAAGGAGAAAGAAUAAUGCUAGAGAACCCACACAUAUGCACUGCAUCAAGGGCUCAUUUGGUUCCACAAACAUUGUUGUCAUUAAGUCAGAGGAUGAAUACACCAGCGCAAUCAGCAAAGCUAAAGACGGAGCUGAGCCAGCACUUUUCUACUUCACUGCAGUCUGGUGCGGGCCUUGCAAGUUCAUAUCUCCAGUCAUUGGAGAGUUGAGCGAGCAAUACCCACAUGUAACAACAUAUAAGAUUGACAUCGACGAGGAAGGACUUACAAACACUUUGGGCAAGUUGAAUAUUUCCUCUGUGCCUACAUUCCAGUUCUUUCAAGAUGGAAAGAAGGUGGCUGAAGUUGUUGGUGCUGAUGUUGCUCGCUUGAGAGACACUUUUGGAAAACUCUACAAGUAAUUCUUUAGUACAUUACACUACACUUGUGUGCUUUCUCAUUUGUGAAUGCAGUGUUUAUAUUAAAUGCAUAAUAGUUUUUAGCGGUUGAAGUUUCUCCAAAUGCAAUCAGUUCUAUAGCUCAAUUUAUAUUAAACCCUCUCGUAGGAUUUCCAUUUCAUGUGUGUGUGUGUAACUAAAACUGUUGGUGUUGAUGACACUUAAGAAAGUAGCUUUUGAAAAACGUGGUAGUUGCAUAAUUC